AUGCGCAUUAUGCAAGCCUAUGUCCGUAUACACAUCGAAUACAAGAAAUACGCAACAGACCUAGACACCAUAAUCGAGGUUUUCUGUAUCAACCUUAACGACCCCUCGGUCAAAGCACAUGGCCCGGUUCCCUAUUGUGCUUCACAGCUCGCUACGCAGACGCCCUCUACUUCGCUUAAGUAUUCAUGGACGUCGGAGCAGGUCGAAUGCACCUCGUUGAUCUCCCACCAGGUGGCAGAACCAAGUUCGCCCACCCCGAAGGGAUCUACCUGUACACCGCCGAAGAACAGACAACUGGAAGACUACGAGGCGACGAUCCGGUAUAUCGCUGCGUUGGCUGGCUUGAAGCUGUGGGGUGAUUGCUAG